AUGUUGUUCAGAUUUGAGAUUACUCUCGGCCCUGCUGAGCUGAGCUUUGUGCUUGUCUUUCUCGCGUUUUUCGGUAUUUUGCGGCUGUUUUUGUUUGCUUUGUGCUUCCUGUGUACCUUUUAUCUCAUCGAAAAGUAUGCUUCCAGUGUGAAAGACUGGAUUAAGAGUAUGGAACCCAAGGCUACCGAGUUGGUAGCAACUUUGAAAAACCUGAACCUGGCCAUAGAUGCCAAGGUCAGCUUCUUAAAUUCUGUUAAGUCAGACAUCAAGCAGAAGAAUGUUUCAGAGGGCGCAAUUCCACCGAUCUUUGAAUCGUUGCGUCUGUCAAUUGCCUCUUCUCACUCCACACUUCUGUCUGCUGGUUUCUCCACCUUGGGUCACUUUUUGAAGCGACUGUUCAUUCAAGAACAGCAUAGUAUAGUUGCUUCGCAGGCUCGCCACCUUUACCCGUUGCUCUUGGAACGCCUGGGCGAUCACAAGGAGCGAGUCAGAGCACAGGCGGCCCAAGCGUUCACUGACUUUUGGCCUGCAGCUAGCCAUGAGGUUGAACAACAUGUCCUGGGAACGGCCCUUGUCGGCAAAAACAACAGAGCUAGGGAAAUGAGCAUGAUCUGGCUAGCUAAUAUGGCUAAGCAGUAUGGCUUGCUCUUCCGUCCAUAUGUCCCUAGUCUUGUGGCAUGUCUCGAGGACGCCGAUAGUGCCGUCAGAGAUACAGCCAAGGCGACCAUUGUCGAGCUGUUCCAGAAUGCACCCGCACAUGCGAAGGCAGAUCUCAAAAAGCAACUGAGUGAACUCAAUGUCAGAAAGUCUAUUGUCAGCAUCAUUCUGACGAAUCUUGGCCUUGAAUCUGAUGAGUCUGAUCAUCUUUCACGACCGGCCUCGCGUAUUGACCAGAGACCGGCCUCACGUGUUGAUCAAAGACCAGUCCCACGUGUUGAUCAAAGACCGGCCUCACGAAUUGACCAGAGACCGGCUUCACGUGUUGAUCAAAGACCGGCCUCACGUGUUGAUCAGAGACCGACCUUGCGAAUGGACCAGGGACCAGCCUCGCGUGUUGACCAGGGACCGGCUUCGCGUGUUGAGCAGAAAAUGGCCUCGCGUGUUGAGCAGAAAACGGCCUCGCGUAUCGAGCAGAGACCGGCCUCGCGGGUUGAUCAGAGACCGACCUUGCGAAUUGAUCAGGCACCGACCUCGCGUGUUGAGCAGAAAACGGCCUCGCGUGUCGAGCAGAGACCGGCCUCGCGUGCUGACCAGAAACCAACCUUGCGAAUUGACCACAGACCGGCCUCUCGCGUCGACACCGUCACUCAAGAUAGUCUAAUCAGACCGGCUUCUCAGCUCAGCAAACAGCCAGAAGUGCCUGCUCCUUCCGAUGUGGAACCAAUCAUCGUUUCAUCCGCUCGGGAGAUAGAUGAAUUCGUGCGUCUAAUGACACCAUAUUUCGAAGGACGUGAGUCCGAAGAUAACUGGGUGCAUCGUGAAAAGAGUGUCAUUACUCUACGCCGACUUACGCAUGGCAAUGCGCCCCAUGCAUACUCUCAGACUUUUGUCGCUGCUAUCAAGUCGAUUCUGGAUGGCAUUUUCAAAGUCGUGAACUCGCUCCGAACUACUAUGGGAACAAACGGAUGUCUGCUCAUUCAGGAUCUCGCCCGAAAGUGUGGCCCUAGAAUCGAUCCGAUGAUGGAGAUUAUCCUGCAAAAUCUCAUCAAACUUUGCGCCGGUAUGAAGAAAAUAACGGCCGAAAAUGGGAAUCUGACCGUUGACAUUGUUAUUGGAAACGUGACAUACACUCAUCGAAUUCUCCAGCAUGUCUACGCCGCUUCCCAAGACAAGAACGUCCAGUUGCGUCUGUUCUCAGCUGGAUGGUACAACACUCUUAUCAACAAACAGGCUGGUCAUAAGUCCUCCAUUGAACACGGCGGUGGAAUCGAGCUCAUCGAGAGAAGUCUUAAGAAAGGACUUGGUGAUGCUAAUCCGGGUGUUCGUGAGGCAAUGAGGAAGACUUUCUGGACAUACUACAGCGUCUGGCCUCAGAAAGCCAAAUUUAUCAUGUCUGACCUUGACCCAAAGUCACGGUCGCUAUUGGAGAAAGAUCCAGCUAACCCGGCUGCUGGCAACAUGCAAACUGCAGACCGACAUGCUUCGAAAUCUUCUACAACGUCUCAGAAAGCCACUACAAGCAGCACCAACGUUAUUCCGGGAAGAAGUGCAUUGAAACAGGCGAUCGCAGCGCAGAAGAAAGCACACCUCGCACCAAAAACUGCUAUGACCCCGCGGCCUGAGUCGGCUCCUCAGGUCUCAUCUUUGUCCUCCGCACCUAUGCGGCCGAUGGGGAAGAGCCGACGGCUUGAGCCGACUCGCCCGGCCACGCCAGAUCAGAAGGAACCUGUAGACAAGGCGACAAAUCAGGUCGUCAUAUACGAAGACACGAAGGAAAAGAGCGAUGAAAUUGCGGAUGAAGCCGCAGAGCGGUCUGUCAGCCUAUCUUCCACUGUUGUACACCAUCCUAUCGUAGUGACAGACCCUCUGAGACUGCGCGAGAUCCCUUUGCCCAAACCAUCAUCUCCUAUUGCGAAGGGCAAUGAAAAUUCUGUCCCGAAAGAGACAAAACCACCUACCACUCCGUCAGUCCCUCGCGAUGCACCGAAAAACAAUGCUCUAGAGGAACUGUCGAAAAAUGAGCCAGAUCAUCGUGACAAUAGGUCACCACAGACUUCUUUGCCACGUCUACCUUCGUUACAUGUGCCGCGCACACGUCCCUCUACCGGACCGAGUAACGACACGGCGACGCAUCGCUGUCCUAAAUUUGAGGCAGCACAAAAACGCUUCGAGGAGAGACGUCGAAGCAUCAGUCCCCGCUCCAAGGACCCAAUGAAAGCGAGACAGACUCUUGAGAAGGGAAUCCCCAGGAUUCACUCUAAGAGUAUGGACAUUCAUGGGUACCACAAAUUGCAGGGGCUAAUUGAAUUUCACGAUAGGCUGUUCGAAAACGAAGAGCAGUACUCCGAGCUUCUAGAUGCCCUUUUGGGCGAACUUGAGAGACCACCUGACGAAAAGCAACAAUACUUCGGGCGCCCGCUUGACCCCAAAGCCCAGGUGCUUAUUACAGUGCGUUACACAUUCAGACACAUGAAACGACUCGUGGACAAUGGUGGUUCCACGAUGUCAUUGGGGGAAUAUGCAUCUCGUAUAAUCAAAUCCAUCAUCAGAGCCCGAAAAAAUUACGACACAACUUGCUACAUGGCGAUUGUUAUGAAUGAGGCCGCAGAGGAGAUGGUGAGCGCGGCAGAGUUUGGGGACAUUGUUAAGGCUGUCGUGGACGUCGUCUCUGCGGAGGAAGCGUCGCUUAAUGACCGUGCCAUUCUUAUGGUAUUCAACAUUCUUACGGAUAUCCUGCGUCAGAUGACCUCUCGUGCAGCUCACUUCCCUAUGGAUGUCCUGGAGAGGCUGGGUGAUCUUGCCAGCAAGUAUCUAACAUCCGAGCAAGCGAAUAUCCGGCAAAAAGUGACGCAGCUGUGUGUACACUUGCAUACUAUGACUGCCGAUGAUGAGAAGUUUUGGAAAAUCAUUGGUCAGGAACCCUUCGUCCCAGACUUGUCUCCGGGACAUUUUAAGCACACGCACACUCCAUGUCUCACUUGUGGCCAUCUCGUUGGGUGGAAUCUGCGCACUACGAAGGAAGAUCUGGUGGCUGAUUAUCCGAACGGCGUCUUCAGCAUCUCUCCCCAUGCACCGGCUUCUAGUGCCCCAUAUCUGGUGGAAUUAUCGGAGGAGACUUUUUACGUGUCUCUAAAAAAGCCUUUCAUGUUCCCUUAUCCCAAGUGUACUUUCUCGCAUCUGCUUCGCUGUGUUGCUCAUAUCUCCUCUCUUCAUGUCCGCAGACUAUAUCGCACUUCCCUUUUACUAACACUCCUCAGGCUUCCUGCGAACUUCCUCCACACUCCUCCCCCGUCUUGCUUCUAUAUUACCUCGCCGCUAGCUGUAGUUCUUCCUUGGCUACUAGAUCGUCUUAUCUACCUCGUGAACACCUCCUGGCGCAGUGAAGAACGUGCCCUUCCCUUCUCUUCUUCUCUUCUUCUCUUCUUCUCUUCUUCUCUUCUUCUCUUCUUCUCUUCUUCUCUUCUUCUCUUCUUCUCUUCUUCUCUUCUUCUCUUCUUCUCUUCUUCUCUUCUUCUCUUCUUCUCUUCUUCUCUUCUUCUCUUCUUCUCUUCUUCUCUUCUUCUCUUCUUCUCUACAGCACCUCUCUUCUUCUCAACAAUCCACAAAAUCUUCCGCCUCUGGGCUCAGAUCUCGGUCCUUUGCCGGAUAGUGAGCCGUCUUAACACCCUUUUGUCGUGUUCUGCCCAAGGCUUUACUUACAAAAUCCCGUCUAGAACCAGGUUUGAUGUUACUGUCGGAAGUGCAGAGCUGGCACAUCUGUCACAGAUCUCUACUCCGUACUUUGCCACUCUCAAAAAACUUGCUUAUGUUCCUGGGCUGUUUGUAAGCUCAUCUUAUAAACGCCUGGGACUUUCCCCGACGUCUUCCUCUUCUCUCCUCCUCUUCUUCUCCACAACACCCUCUACUCUGCAUAUCAACUAA